AUGAGUGAUAGCUUUGCCAACCUAUAUUGGUCCCCCGAUUAUGUAACAGGGAUUGAUAGUUUGAAAAAACAGACAAACGUCUCGUUAAAACAACUUCAUGAACUACGCCAAUUGGUCUUUAACUUCAUGAACUAUUAUCAUGCCAACAGUCAGUUCCUCGAUAAAAUGGUAGGUGACCUGUCACACUCGUCUUUCAAUCCUGAAACUAUUGAUAUGCCUCCUAAACCAGCACUAUCACGUGAAUGGUUGAAGAGAAGAAACGUUUCACAGGGGAAUAGACAACAAGAAGCCAUGAAAACCACAGACCUGUCUGGACCAACUUCACCAAGUAAAAUUGAAAAAGUGACGAUGGAUGUGCUAUUAUCGCUGUAUGUAAAAGAUAUCAGUUCAGAGGCUUUGACUUUACAAGGUUUGGCUUCUGUGAUAGACAGAGAGGUGUUAGAGCACAUUAAUGAUUUUAUUAAAAACCACGAGCCUUAUAUCCAUACCAGCAUUGAUCAUCUAGAUCAAGUGGUCAAUGACUAUAUAACCACCUACGCUGACGUGGAAAAAGUGAAGGCUGACUACAAUGAAUGCAAGCGUGCAAAAGAGUUUGCUGAUAAUGAUGCCAAUUCCAGGCAAAAGAGUGUCGAAGACUCUGAAAACACCACUGCUGAUGAAAUAGAGGAGAAUACCUCGUUUGCUUCUGAGUCUUCAGUAACGUUGAAUGAAACAAAUGACAGCGUCAAAGAUGAAGAGGGUUCUGAAGGACAAGAAUUUGACUUUCCUCUCACUAUAGGGCCUGCUAAAUUGAGGUCACAGAAGGAGUUAUCGUCAUUUCUCAGGGAUUGCAUGUCUCGUAUUGAGAUGACGAAAAGAACCUUCCCAUUACCAGGACAGAAACCUGAAAUAUUCAGUGGCGAUGAACUCUGCAAGUUCUUGGUAUACAGAAGACCGUUCAAACUAAAUACUACUCGAAUAAAUUUGGAACGGUUUGGACAGGGGCUCCUAGACUUGAAGUUGAUUGUUGGUACUGGUCUUGUGGGAUCCAAGAGGUUCAAAAGUGAAGGUAUGUGGUUCGAAUGGUCUGAAUUAGCUGAAUAUGUGUCCAAGUAUGAAGGUUCUACGGUAGUAUCUCCUCCCUCUUCUCUCAGCUCAGCUGAAAAGCCGAAGAUGAGAAUUAUCGAUGAACAGACAUCUAAGCAAGUGAAUGAAAUUGCAUCGCAAACAGGAAAGAAGUUUAAUGACAUGUUUCGUUCGAUGAAGAUCUCCAUCUUGCACACAAACUACCCAGAACGAUUAGAGAAGUUGGAAGAGGAAUAUAAUGAAAAAUACUAUGAAUUAUACGAAUUGAAAUACUUGAUUGAGUAUGAAGUUCGUGAUAAAACUCAAUACCUUGAGAAGUUCGAGAAGAUGAAGAUUGGUUUGAUUUAUCAAUCGCUCCUGAAACUUCUGGAAUUGAUUUACAACUUUUCAUUGAAAUCAACCACCAGGCUUCGAGAUUUUGCCUCAAACAUGUUAACCAAUUUGAACAAUCCACAGAAUUACGAAAAUGAUUAUCACAAAUUACUCGACACAUUCAGUACUGGGAUCUAUUCUCCUUCAAUAUUGUCCCCAGACAACUUCAAGAAAAACCUGUACAGUACAACUCAAGCCAAUAAUAACUUUCAAAAUCUCAAACUACAGUUUAACCUAUACAAAGAUAUUCCAUUGCAGUUGCAGUUGUUUCAAACUGACAAGGAAAAUGAACUUUUGAGCUUUGCUUCUUUGCCAUUCUUUAUCUACCAACUAACAAGACUAAUUGAGAAUAAAGAGCAAAAUCUUGAAAACUUGAAAGACUCGUGGGAAUCUGUUAUUGAUCACAGGGGAUAUUGGCACCUCCAGGAAGAGAUAAUUGAAGCUAUCAGUGAAGAAAACUUUGAAAACAUAACCAUUUCGGAUGAGGAUUCAGUUCAACAGAAGAUGAUUGAAAAAAUAAUUGCACUUUUGAAUAGCCAAACUCCUAAAGCAUUGAUAAAUUUCUACAAGAACUGGCUUCUACAGAUAGCAGACUCUUUGAUCCCCUGUCUGGUCUAUGAUUCGUUGAUUCAUCUUCAUGGUAGAGAGGAUGCAAAACCUGUGAAUCAUGAUGAAUUGGUGAAGAUAUUGUCUUCUAUUCCACGAGCUAAUGUCAGUGCAUUGGUGUUCCUUUUGGAACAUAUUAGUAUGGUUUACGGUUUAAGUCUGAUUCCAAGCUUUGGCUUCUGUGAUGACUUCCCUGAUGAGCUCAAGCCCAGUACUAAAGAAUCUGAGGUCAAGGAGGCUGUUCACAAAUUGAACUCUAUGGACGCUAUUGGAGCUGUUCCUUUUAUGCACUUAAUCUUCAGGCCUUCACCCAUCAGGUCAGCCGGUGGUCUCAAGCCUCCCCUUCAAGUGUAUAAUUCAAUCCUUGAAGGGUUGUUGGACCUUGAACUUAGAUGCGAUUUGUUUAACAACUUGGUCAGUAACGAAAAGAAUUACAUUGAAAGGAAACAACAGGAAAGGAACAACUUGGGUCUCCAAAAGAAAGUUUCCAUUCCUUUGAGUCCACGCAAACCACCCAUUCCCACUAUUGGAAUAAUGAGCCCCAAAGCUCUAUCUGCUUCAGACAGUUUUUCUUUGAGACCAUUCCAUACCAAGGUUACACCGGCACCUUCGCCCAGUGCGUCCCCAAGACAUCUCUCCCGAGAGCUGCACGAACAUAGGGACAGAAGUGUGAGUGGAACAUUUUUGCCUCCAGCUAUAGAUGUUGAAUUUGCCGAAGAUUAA